UUCCUGAAAUCUUGAUGGACCAGUUCUACUGGAACUGCUCCUUUUCAGCAUAUUGAAAUGUAAACAUAAAGAAAAGUGUGCAUGAUAUUGAACUUAAGUGAGUUGGCAUCGUUAUUAAUAAUCGAAGGCAAUUGUCUGCUUAUACAAUUUCUGAUAACGUCGAUAAUAGAAGUCUAGCAAUGAGAUAUCAGAAGAAAGUACCUCAGAUCCAACAAAUCUUUUAUGUUUGUAUACUAUGCAUAAUUCUAUAUAUUUUCUGGAGAUUUCCAUGGCAGAGUUCAAAAACUAAACACGGAAGAACAGGUUUUAGUUACUACUAUAUUGAUGAUUGGAUUAAAAAUUAUCCUGCAUGUGGUGGCAACAGACAGUCACCUAUGGAUCUUAUGAAAGCUUAUGUGAAUUGGACUGAUGAACAUAAUAAUACAUAUGAGCGUUUGAUGGGCACAAAUUUUGAUCAACUUCCUAUAAGUGUCCAAUUAUCCAAUAUUGGACAUACCAUAAAAGUUUCAUUUGAAUGGGGUCCAAAAAUUCCAACUAUCAGUGGUGGUAUACUUCCUGGUCAAUAUCAGCUGGAUUCAAUAAUAUUUCAUUGGGAUUCUAGAAGUGAUGAAGGAAGUGAACAUGAAAUUACUGAUAAAAAAUCUCCAAUGGAGAUGCAAUCAAUUUUUUAUAAAAGUGGAUAUAGAAAUUAUCACAAUGCCCUGAAUUUUUAUGAUGGAUUGGCAAUAAUAUCGGAUUUAUUUGGUUUUGAGCCAAAGAAAUACGAGAAAGUCUCUCCCAUUGGUCUAAAUCGAAUAAUACAGAAACUGUUUGAUGUACAAUACCCUGGAUCAUCAGUGGAUUUGCAACCAUUUCCUUUCAGUCUAUUACGGAAGUCAGACUUCGAUGUAUCAAGACAUUUUAUGUACUAUGGAUCACUAACUAGGCCUCCAUGUACUGAAAAUGUCAUAUGGAUUAUAAAUGCCUAUGAAAAUUAUAUCAAUAAACAGCAGAUGGAAGAUAUCCAAAAAAUCGUCAAGUUUUGGAAUAGUGAAACUCAUAAUCACAGAGAACUUCAGCCUGUUAAUGGUCGUUUUUUAUAUCAAAGGCAAGAUUUGAAGUGAAGAUUUUUAUGAUAAACAUUUAUUGUAAUCCAUUAUUUAUAAUUAU